AUGCUUCAUUCCCCGGAAACUUCGUCUCCUAAACAAAAGUCGAACUGGAGAGAAAAAAUUUGGCGGCUGUCAAGCUCCCCGUCAGGUAAAUCAUUACAGGCUCAAAAUUCCUUUUUAAGGACCCCUAAAGGAUCUCCCAGUAUGCCUUCUCUUUCCUUCUCGCCCACUCUGACACCCGGCUCAUUGAAACAUAAAAAUCCCGAUUCUGAUCGUUUUUUGACUCCGCUCGAUGUUCUUGACCUGGAUCAUGAAAUAAACACUCUUUUGGACAACCAGGUUGGUAUGUUAUUUGGUGACUGGAAUAUCCCUCCACCCCCACCAAGAAAAACGACAGGUUUAAAUACAAACAAGCCUCAGCUUCUUCCCGCAAAAACAAUUUCAGGGCCCAGAAUAAAACCCUACUUCACAAAAGCCUCCAGACUUGACUUGAACGUCAAUCAGGAAACUUGCUUUAUUUGCAAAGAUAUUUUGGAAACAAAGCUUGACUCUGAAAAGUUGGUGCCGCUUGAGUGUGGAGAUUGUGUUCACGGCGAAUGCCUUCAGACAAACGUUGAAAUACUACUCGAAAAAUCAAUCAAAAAGGGCGCCUUCAGCAGGUUCACUCACAAAAAUGUAGUGGAAAGAAAUGUGUUACCAGUGUGUGAAGGGAAACACUGUGAGUUAGAGGGAAAAAAGAAUCAGGUCUGCCCAAUAUCGAAAGACAUAAUUUCCGAUCUCAUGAAAGAUGUCAUGUUGUCUGUGAAGUUGACGACAAUAUCUUCCGAAAAUGAAAAUUCUGAUUCUUCUUCGGCUUUGACUUUCGGUACCGAAAAUCGUGUCUCAAGGUACUUUUUUAAAGACAAUCAACUGUUGAGACCAAAGUCAAAUGCAGGUAGAGAAUCACAGUACAGCUUUUCAAUAUUGAACGAUACACGGGAGUUUAUGGCUGACUCUUCCAUUAGGAGUUAUGGACCUCCAUUCAUAUCCAAUGAAGAGACAACCCGGCUGCUUGAAGAGAUCAAGAAUAAGUUUAUCAAGCAUAUGCUUAAAAGGUAUUCAAAUUUCAAUCUUGUGGUCUUAGUUUCUUUGGGGUCUUUGAGACUAGUCGAUAAACUUCAAGUUGCAUUUGGUGAGAGUCAGUUUACACUGCUAAUUGUCUAUCUAUUUUCAAACUUCAUAGUCAUCGAGACUGAAGGUCCUUCCCCAAAAUUGUUUCCACUUAACGAGGAGCACAUCAUUACAACCCCAGAGACGUCUGUGAUUCAAUUUGUGACAAAAAGCGGAGAGAUUCCUGUUUUAAGAUUGAAUUCGGAGACUGAUGCGAUAAUCGAAAAAUGGGGCAUAGCAUUGUCCGAUCAUCUGCUAAUACUUCCCUCAGAUGUAAUCACAUCUUCGAUUCGCAUGUCUGACAUAGUGGAAGAAGAAUCAUCAACAAAUAUCGUCCCGAAUCAGAGAAAUGUUAUUGAGUUUCCAUCGCAGCGAAAAAAUGUCUUUAAUCAGCGGGCUGGUCCAAGAAUUUCAACAGUACUGAGUAUCGAGCCAAAAGAAAUAUGGAGUGAGCGCUCGGAUAACUUCGAACAAGAGCUCAUGAAGAUAGGUGUUUUGCCAAUGUCUGUACCUUGCACUGAUCUCUAUGAUACCAAACCAACAAGCCCUUUGAACAUCAUAAAACCACAAAGGGAAACCCCAAAAUUACUAUUCGAAAAUGCUAAUUCUGUUGACUCAGAUUCAGAAUUUGAUUCGGACUCAGACUUGGAGCUAAUCAGCGAGGUCAUGAAUAAGCAAAGACUAUAA